CAUAUAUACAAUGGUGUGUGCGUGCAUGGUAGUGUGCGUCCUUCCAGCCGUCGUGCAGUGAUCGCAUACAUGCGUGACGAAUCUCGUAUUCUCGCCCCGAGUGAAUGUGGUCACACCGAGCCGCGCUCGCGAUUAGUCGCUCUCGAGAAUUGUUCGAGACCACUUCGAAAGGGGAGGGUUAUCUCGCGCUCUCUCGGGAAUCGGCGUGCAGCGAAGACGAUCGACGACCAGUGGACGCGCGAGUGUCGCGAGUAUGCGUAUGUUUUGCGUCGAGAGAAGCGGGUGAGGAGCUCCGAGCUGUCAAGUGAUUUGGAGGUUAGGGAGCGCGCGACGAUGUGAACGGGUCUGACGAGACGUUGCAUCUUCCCAGCAACCGCAGUGCAUCAUCCAUAGGUUGAGCUGUCGAGACAUAAUGGCUAGCAGAAUACUUCCCGAGGUGGACCCCUUCAGCGAGAUGCCUCUCGACGAGCCCAUAGCAGGUAUGAGGGAGCCGGAGGAGAAUGGAUUAAUUCAAGAGGGUCCCGAACAACCAGUGAACGAGUUGUCUUAUGCUGAGCCAUUGACUCCAGAGGAGAUUCGAUGGUUUUGCAAGGAUGGUGUCGAUAAGCGUUGGGUGGAGUUUUGUGGCUACGAUAGCCUGAGGAUCGAAGGCUCCUGGAGGCGGUGGAAAUGUCUUCAAAACGACGACAUCGACGCAAGAUGCAAUGCACAACCCGAGAGAAUCGUCGUCAGAGGUGGCAUGUACGACGUCAUGCUCGACAGCAUGAAAUGCGUCUCGAUUUACUGGCCAGACGAGGAGUGGGAGAUUAUGAGGGGCACCUGGUACUACGACGGAAACUGGACUCCUCUCGAAGCUGAACAUUCCAAAAUCAUCGAAGAGGUCCACUUGAGGCUUUUUCAGAAACAAUCUCUCACGCAAUCUAGUUCAGCCCCCGAAAUCAACACCUCAUCACAUUCCUACAAAGUGCUUCACACGGAACACUUCCCUGAGUUUCACGUUGACUGGCACGCAAUAAACGAUGUGGCCCUUUACAGCGAAAACACUCCAAGCAAACUCAUGCGAAGUGUAACGUUGAAAUUAGGCUUUACAAAGACCACGGGAUAUCGAUUGAGAAGGGGAUAUAAAGAAGCAGCGGUGAUGGAUGACAAACCCUAUGACAUCGAUCAUCUAGUUUUCGUCGUCCAUGGGAUCGGGCAAAAGAGGGACACAGGAAAAAUCAUACGUAACACAACAUCGUUCAGAGAGUGUGUCGAUUGGCUCAAGCAGAAGUAUUUCCCCAAUUCUCAUCAUCGGGUGGAAUUCUUCCCUGUGGAGUGGAGAUCGUCACUGAAACUAGACGGGGACAUCGUCGAAGCCAUCACCCCAGGUAGCGUGACGAGUAUUCGGCACCUCUUGAACACUUCUGCCAUGGACAUUCUUUAUUAUACGAGUCCACUUUACGGUGGAGAAGUUCGGGCAGGUCUACAGAGAGUGCUGAACGAGCUUUACUUCAAAUUUGCCAGUCGACACCCAGGCUGGCAAGGAAAAGUCUCCAUUUUGGCUCAUUCCUUGGGUUGCGUAAUUGUUUACGACAUUGUGACAGGAUGGAUGGGACCUGACACGAGACCUCCCUCUCCGGAGCCACCUGAUAUAUCUCCCGAUGGAUUAAUGUUUCCUAUCGAGAACUUGUUUUGCCUGGGCUCCCCUUUGUCGGUCUUCCUGGCUCUGCGAACACGAGUUCCGUCCAAUAGGUUAGACGUCAUGCCACCAGGUCUCUGCAAAAGAUUCUACAAUAUCUUCCACUGGUCCGACCCAGUAGCCUAUCGGAUGGAACCUCUUCUCGAAAGAGGAUACAGCAAAAUAGAUCCUGUCUUGAUUCCGCCCUACUGGGCUGUCGAUGGCCAACAAGUGGAACCGCCACCCCAGGCAAUUAAUUCUGUCGAACAGAGUCUUCCUGCUGCAGUAACCUCUGAAACCGAGGACGUCCAAGCCGAUGACAGUCCUGGGGAUGCUCUGAUUCGUAGUACAGAUAAAGGAUGGAGUCUCUGGGGACUCGUAAGAGCUGGCUGGAUCGCUAAGGAUGGUGCCUCAUCACCAAUACCGGAUUCCAAUCCUCUCCGUCCAGAUCAAGAGCUGUCGCAACGACUGGACUAUGUAUUACGAGCAGUUGGCCUAGGGAGAAACUAUCUUUAUACAGUGACCGCACACACAGCCUACUGGAGCAACUACGACGUGGCUUUCUUCGUCCUAACGAGGCUCUUCCCGACCCUGGAAACGUGAUGUCAGCUCACCUCUCUGGACGCCUCUUCGGAGGCAGGCUCCGAAGGGACCGAAGUCUACUACUAGUCCACCAAGCUCACAACCGGACCUGCCACCAAAAGCAAUCUGUGAUAAUGGAAAAACAAUACAAUAACGAGUAAACUGUUGAAUGCCGAGAAAGAGAGAAAGAGAGGAACGCCAGUUUGCAUUCUCUGGGGAUGAGUUCCACGCCGUAGGGGACCAAUCGAAUGUUCGAAGCUGGUGACUUCGUCUCUCGAUGUGGGUGUGAAGUGAUUACGAGUAUCCUCCCAGAGAGAAUAUCUCGUUGGUGACUGUGGAAAUUCUAAAGCCUGCCUUAUAUGUCACUGUGUUGAGUUUAUAGUGAAUAUUUAUUUAUACCGGAAAGGUUAUGUGUGCAUCAAUAUGCGGAGCUAAUAUCAACAGUGCGUGCUUGCCAACCGUGAAAUAAUAGAAGGAGCUCUUGCUUAUGUUACCAACAAUAACUUGUUAGAGUGGGCAUAUUUUUAUCCCGAUAAGUUCGAGGGGAGUCUUGAAAAUUUGAAAGCUCCUGUAAUUCGAGGACGCCUGUAUAUUUUUGUUGAAAACUGUUUAGGGUUAUCGAGCGGACGUACUUCUUUUCUGGAUCUCUCUUCGUCAGGAUGCCAUUGUGAGAUCUUAAUGGGAUUUCAGGGAUUUCGAAUUGAAGUAUGCCUUGAUUUGUUAAUUAAUUUGUUAUUGUACAGUACAAGAAUCUAAUAACAAGAGCUCAGUUAAGUGAAUACAGGUAUGACCAUUUUCAGUGGUCACCGAUGGAGGCUUUUAAUGUAUGAAUUACGUUACUGGCUGGAACUUCUUAACAUGUCAAGUGGAAGGGUUUAUUUUCAAAGCACUGUGCAGAACGUAGAAAGCAAGGGAGGAGAUCGUAGAAUGUGUCCAAAGUUCAUGUUAAUGUUUUAUUUUAAUACUUUAUUUAACUUUUGAUAGUUCACAAGCUAACGUCCCGUACUUUUUAGUAUUCACUUUAAUUAAACCAUUGCUUUGGAACCUGUAAGUUUUAACUUUUACAUGAGAUACCUUACAACUUAUUUCUUCGCUGUUUUAUUUGGAAAAGACCCUUCGACUUCUCCAAAAAUGUGACAUUUUAGUUUGUUGUAUCUCUGUGAUAAACAUGAUAGUAAUGAAAUUCUCGUUGACCGAGAACCACCAAAAUUAAUUAACGCACACACUUAUGAGAAGUGCAAGAAUUCACAACCGUCAGCCUCGAAGCUCAAUAAUCUGGCCUUCUCCGCAGUGUUCUGCCUUUAAUUUGUCUCCAAAGAAAGAAUUCACUCUAGAUCAAUGCGAUGCCAAAAUUGUUAGUCUUAAAAAUAAAUAUCGGUACAAAUUCCACAUUUAAUAAAAUGUUACGAAGUCAUUGAAUUCAAGUCGAUAAGUUACAUUCCAUUGCAGAUCGACUGCAAGCUCUGGAAACACUUGAAAAUAGUCGAAGACAUUUUUGAGUAACUUAUUAAAUUAUCGCCCCCAAUUAUUAUUGCAUUAAGAAUUCUUCGAUAAUCAAUGACUGUCUACGCAGGCUGUCGAUAACACAAUAAUGAUCGUUAUCAGAACCUUUAGCAUUAAUGGAACAGAAACGAGUACGGGCCAAACUAUAAUAGGCCCCAAGUAUAUUCUGCGCCACCUUGGAGUGUUCGUGCCGUUUGAAUAUCAGUCGAUCAGGGUAGACCAUUUUAUAUCUGUACAUUUAUAAUGAUUCAAUGCAACGAAUUUUUCAGAAUCUUCAACCAGUUUGAGAUGCGAAUACCGUGAACUCAAAUACUGUAUGAUACUUUACCCGUCAAUCGAUAGCCCGGAGAUACAAAAAGUACCCAGAUAGUCAAACGCUCAGUAAUUCCUUGCAACUGUUUCUAAGCAAUUUUGACAAUCCUGUUAAAUAAUUCUAAGAAAUUUACAUUAGUUUCGUUAUACAGAAAUGUCCCGCUAUUAUUGUUACCUUUAACGGAUACAUUAUGCCUGGAAAUAAUACUUACCAAAUGUUUAUAACAGGUGAAUUAUUAAAACUGUCUAGGUACUUUGAUCUCCAAUAGACGUUCUCUUAUCCAUCGAGUUGUAAAAUAGUCUCUGACGCAGGUUGAGCAGAUUGUACCGUUCUCUUGUGUUUUACUUCACGUAAUGAGUGUACACGUCCGACAUAUCGAGUUAACCACUAUCUUCAAUUGUACAUACGUAGAAAUACGCUCGAUAUAGCAUUAAUGUUCAAUUGUACUUGACGUACAAAGAAAACUGCGGUUAAAACGUAAACUCGGUUCUUCCCCGCCGAGCCGCCAUCUUGAAAAAAAGAAAAGUGGCAUCUGGCAACCAUUCGGGGAAGUUCGUCCACGUCGGUACUAAAAUCUCUAGAGAAUGUUAAUUCCCGGCAUGAAGUUAACAAAUCUCGCAAAUCUCUCGAUUUCUCUAUCGGGAGGUUAAGUAACCUUUCGUUCACUUUCAAAUCCGUCGAACGACUAAGAAGAUAGAAUCCACAAUGCUCGAUAAUCUUCUCGCCGACUAAUUACAGUUUUCUAAUACAAUCCGCAAUAUAUGUCACAAUCUGCGAAUCUUUACUACGAUCCGUAUCUCUCUUUAUCGAUUAAUGAUAAAUCUCGCUUGGGGAAAUAUUCGGAGAUUUGAAAUCCAUUUCCAGCUGUUAUUAGCCGGAAAUAAAUUAGGGCAGUGGUUCUUAACCUGUUCUGUGCACAUCUUUACGUAGACGUAUCUAUUUUUACAUAAUUCCGAUGUUUGAAGGCUAGUGACGUUUUGGUAUUACGAGAAGCCUUUCUCUGUAAUCGAAGGUGUUCCGUGGCUUCGAAAAGGUUAGGGACCACUGAGUUAGGGCGAUGCGGAGGUUUCUGGAAUCGUAGGGCCAUCAAGAAUGAGAGUCUAAUGUCACCGACUUACAGAUUCGCUCUCUACGUCCGUAUUUACCCUUAAAAUUGAAUUCCGGCUACGUAUUCGCAAAUUCUCACUUUUUAUGCGACCUCUGCGGGUGUCGCGUUUUUCGACAGAGCUUUUAAAGCAUUUUGAGCAAUGCUAGAACAUAGCCGGUGGGAGCAUGCCGCCAUGUUGGAACACUUGGUAGAGGGCGCUUCUGCGAUUCGACUGACUCGUUUCGCAUCUUUUCCAGAAUAGCUUGACAAUAACGAGAUAAUAGAUUAAAUUAACGCGCGAGUGGUUUCAGGCCGCGUUUCGCCGUCACGGGAGUCUUUUUCUUAACCUAGAUGACGUAGAUCGAGGUUCGAGCCGACAUGGCCAUUUACUAAUCGCUUACAUAGAUUGUAAAUACAUGCGAUUAUUAAUCAGAAGCCAUUUAACGCGUCUCAGGACGGAACACGAUCCGGAAAUACCUUAUUCCUCCAUUGGCGCAAUGGCGGAUUUAUUUAAGGUUAAGUCGUAAUGAAGAGGGCGCCGAAAAAUAAAGGCUCACAGGAAUGCGAAAGUUUCCGCAUCUUAGCGUGUUACGUUAAGUUGCGACUGCUCCAUCUCCGUUUUAUAACCUAAAAUGGAAGUAACGGUUGAGAAACAUUUGCAAGUAAUGCUGUAAUGCGUUGGGAAGCCUUUCUUUACUUUGUAGUUUAAAUACAAACGAUUGUUGAUACGACA